AAAUCUUUUUUUUGGCCCUAAAAACCCAGUUUGCUCCAAACCCCCCAGUCAGGCCACUGUCUCCUGUCCCCAAGUCUCAGUCUGUAGUAAGACCAGUGCUGUUGGUAAUACUCCCAGUCAGGCUUUAUCCGUCCCAUUAGGCCUCAAUCCCCAAGAACUCCCAGUCAGGCUUUAUCCGUCCCACUAGGCCUCAAUCCCCCAGAAUUCCCAGUCAGGCUCUAUCCGUCCCACUAGGCCUCAAUCCCCCAGAACUCCCAGUCAGGCUUUAUCCGUCCCACUAGGCCUCAAUCCACCAGAACUCCCAGUCAGGCUUUAUCCGUCCCACUAGGCCUCAAUCCCCCAGAACUACCAGUCAGGCUUUAUCCGUCCCAGUAGGCCUCAAUCCCCCAGAACUCCCAGUCAGGCUUCUCCCCUCCCUCCAGGCCUCAGUGUAUAGGGAAGUCAGUGGCGUUAGUCCCACACGGGCCUCUCUCUGUCCCACUAAUAAUAUCCCGGGCUGUGAGUGUGAGGAGGCCGCGCGUCGGUCCCGGUGAGACUCGGGGGAUGUCGGUGCUGCGGGUGAGGCGCUUGGGGCUGGUGAGUUACGCGGAGGCGCUGGCGGAGCAGGCUCGGUGUGUCCGGGCAGUGAGGGAGGAGAGGGUCGGGAGGGAGGGGAGGCUGUUGCUGUGUGAACACCCGCCGGUCUAUACGGUUGGGAUCCGGAGGGCCGCGUAUCCCGGGGAGGAAGAGUCCCGGCUGAGAGCUCUGGGGGCGGAUUUCCACAGAACAGACCGCGGGGGUCUCAUCACGUUCCACGGGCCCGGCCAGCUCGUCUGUUACCCCGUGUUCCACCUGCGGGACCUGCGCCUCUCCCUCCGCUCCUACGUGUCCGGCCUCGAGUCCUCCGUCAUCUCCCUCUGUAACCGCCUCGGCCUCCCCGGGGAGACAAACCCUGAGACCGGAGUCUGGGUCCGCGGAAACAAGAUCUGCGCUAUAGGAGUUCACUGCGCCAGAUACAUCACAUCACAUGGGCUGGCGCUGAACUGUAACACUGAUCUCAGCUGGUUCAGUCACAUCGUCCCCUGUGGGAUUGUGGGUAAAGGCGUCACUUCUCUCACUCGGGAGCUCGGCCGACAGGUGACAAUCGAUGACAUCAUCCCGGCCUUCCUGGAGGCGUUUGAGGAGGAAUUUCAGUGCUCGUUGUUGAUGGAGCAGAACUGACCCGACUGGGACUCCUGUUAUAUCUGAGCCUUUAUUAUUGCUCUGCUGCUGUGUAUAGGGGGUCGGCUGUGUAUAGGGGGUCGCUGUGUAUAGGGGGGACAAUGUGCAGGAAGGGGGCUGGGCUGGAUCAUAUAUUUUAAAA